AACCGCUUUUCAACUGACUAACUGAAGAGUUUUCAUUUCGAACUGUUGCGCAUUUUCGCUCGCUUUUAUCUCGCUGAUUAGAUUGUCUACCCCAUUGAGUUUGUAUUUCGACCAAAUCAAAAUCAAGGCAGUAUCACUUCGGGCAGCGGCAUGUGCGGUCGAUUUAUGUGAGAUGUUUAGGGGCCCGGGCAUUGCUGGUCUCCUGCUCCCGGCUCUGCUCUUUGGCCUACUGUGCCCCAAACUGGCCGAAACGGAAAAUAUUUUGGCCAUAUUCUCGUAUACCUUUGGCUCGUCCUAUUUGCUGAUCACGCCGUUCCUGAAGAACCUCGUCCAGCGGGGUCACCAGCUGACUGUGAUAUCAUCCGUUAAGGAUAUGCCCCACAUAGAGGGUGUCCAUCACAUACGAGUGCCCAAACUGGAUAUGCUGACGAAAUUACUCUUGGACUACGAUUACGACUUUGACAUAAGCAAAUGGAUGGAGGCUCUGUUCGUGUCAGAAUACUUUUAUAACUGUUCGAAAUUUGUCCUGGAGGAUCCCGGGGUGCAGGAGCUGCUCCGCAACUCCAGUGCCCAGUACUCGAUGGUUAUUCUGGAGGCCUCCCACACCGAUGCCCUCUACGGAUUCUCACAGCACUUCAAUGCACCACUGGUGGGGAUUGCCGCCUUUGGAUCGGCAUGGAACAUUGACUUUCUGGUUGGUAACUCAGCACCCAGUGUCUACGAACCGAUGUCCGCCUUGGGUUAUUCACCCGGACUCAGUCUGAUAGAGAAGUGGCACAACCUGAUCUUCAUCACCGAGGAGCGUCUGGUGGAGCGAUUCAUCUACCUGCCGGGCCAAAUCGAUCUCUUUAAGCAGCACUUUUCCCGAGUUUCGGCUAGUAUUCAUGAACUGCGCCGGAAAUUUUCGUUGAUCCUGAUCAAUCAGCACUUCAGCAUGGGUCGGGUGCGCAGUAAUGUUCCCAAUAUCGUAGAAGUGGCGGGCAUGCACUUGGCCGAGCCCCCAGAUCCCUUGGAUGAUGAACUUAAGAAGUUAUUGGACGAAGCCGAACAUGGUGUAGUGUAUUUCUCGAUGGGCCUGCAAGUCCUGGAUAAGUGGUUGCCUCCGGGAAUGAUAAAUACCAUGCUGGCCGCCCUUCAGCAAGUAAAACAGCAAGUGAUUUGGAAAAUGAACAAUCCAGAGAUGGCUAACAAUUCACGGAAUGUCUAUGCAAGAUCUUGGCUUCCACAGCGAGAGAUUCUUAAUCAUCCCAACGUUAAGCUCUUUAUAACACAUGGUGGUCUUCUAAGUUCCAUUGAGGCGGUUCACUAUGCGGUUCCCCAGCUGUGUGCGCCCUUAUUUUAUGACCAGUUUCAGAACACCAAGCGUAUGGAACAGAUGGGAGUGGCCAGGAGUUUGGAUAUUAUGAACCUCUCCCCAGACGGAGUUGUCAAGGUCAUUGAGGAUCUCGUGUAUAACGCUAGUUAUAAACAAAAUGCCAGGUAUUUAUCCAGACGGUUUCAUGAUCAACCAAUGUCAGCCAUGGAGACGGCGAUUUGGUGGACGGAAUAUAUCCUGCGGCACAAGGGAGCCGAUCAUAUGCGAAUUGCCGAGCAAGAGAUGUCCCUGAUGCAAUACUAUAACGUGGAUGUUGUGUCGGUGCUCUUUGGACGAAUCGGUUUGAGUGUUAUCAUUGUGCUCUUCCUUGGCUGGAAACUGAUCUCAUUGGCAACGAGAAACCUUGAGUACCGUUUUAAUGUGCCCAUGGUAGGGUAAACCUGGGCUAUUUUAGCGUGAAUCUACCCAUUCAGUUCUCCCGAAAUGAACAAAUUAUUAUGCGUUUGGGAACCUUUUGUUUUAAAAAGUGUAUAACACAAAUGUUUUAAUGUUUUUUUAUAAUUAGUCUUAAAUGGUGCUAAGUAAUGGAAUAUUUGAACAUCCAAAUUAAAGAAAACAAUAAACUUGUUAAGGAUGUAUAUUGACAUGAGUUGUCUUAAAUCGCCAGUAGCGUAAAAAAAAAGUGUAUUAGUUGUAAAUGGCUCUAUCGCAUUGAUAGUUAAUUAUCUUAUCAGUCUGCUUAACGACCGUGAAGACGCCAAAUAAAAUAUUUCAAUUCGUUAUCAUUCGUUAUCAGUUAACAGACUUAAAAGGGUAAAGAUUUGUUUAUUCUUUCAUUCCACAGAUUAUAAUUACAUUUAAUAUUUCGAAUAAUUGAAAUUAAUAAAUGUUGAAUAGCAUUUAAAA